UGUUGUUUUUUGUACUGACGACGACGCCUAGCUACCGCGUAGACGCACGCCGUAGGCCUAAUGCAUACUUAAUACCAUGAAGAAAUAAACUGAACUGACGUUUGAACUUAAAUAUGGUGUACAUAUUUAUUGCCCACCCUGUGCAGAAAGUCCGUCUAGACACUUACAUACACGUACAGCUAGGUACAGAGUUAAAAAAAACUAUUUGUGCAAGAACAAGUUUCAUACAAUGUUGGAAAAAGUGUCAUUUGUGAUAGUUAUUGUUGCAGCUUAUUUAUAUUUCACAAAGGAAAAACCAGAUAUCAAUUCGUUGAUACAGGAUGACCUGGACGAAGAAUAUGACUACAUUGUUGUUGGAGGGGGGUCGGCAGGUUCUGUCAUAGCCAGUAGAUUGUCAGAAGACCCGAGCUCAAAAGUGUUGCUCCUUGAAGCUGGUGAAGCAACGUAUCCUGCUACGGCAAUGCCUGUGGAUGCCAAACAUAACCAAAGAACAAAGAUAGAUUGGCAAUACAAGUCAGUGCCACAGAAACAUUGCUGCAAGGGAUUAAAGAAUUCGGAAAGUCUAUGGACGCGUGGCAAGGUGCUUGGGGGAUGCAGUGCCCAUAACUACAUGCAAUACACACGUGGGAGUAAAUAUGACUAUGACACUUGGGCAGAGUUGGGAAAUAAAGGAUGGAGCUACCGGGAUUUGCUGCCCUAUUUCAAGAAAUCUCAGACACAACUUGACCCAACAUUAUCAAAAUCAAAAUACCAUGGUGAUUCGGGACCUCUACAGGUGUCUGCUGUUGAAAGAUAUGAAAAUCUACAGUAUGUUUAUGAUGCAGCGGUUGAAGCUGGGUUGAAGACUACAGAGGAUUAUAAUGGAGAAGACCAAAUGGGAUGGUGCUUUGCUCAAACUACCAUAGACAGUAGUGGAGAGAGGUCCAGCACUGCUGCUGCAUUCUUAUACCCAGUAAUGAACAGGGACAAUCUGCAUGUUGCAACAAAUGCACAUGUUACAAAUGUACUUCUCGAGGGAAAGAAAGCAGUGGGCGUGUCUUAUGUGAGAGACUUGGUCAAGAAAAGUGUAAAGGCAAGAAAGGAAGUUAUUCUAUCAGGGGGUGCCAUUGGAUCACCUCACAUUCUCUUGCUAUCAGGAAUAGGACCAAAACAACACCUUAAGGAUAUAGGAAUUCCUGUAGUUGCUGAUCUUCCAGUAGGGGAGAACUUACAAGAUCAUCCAACAGUUGAUCCCAUUACAUUCUUCACUAAGGCACAUGGUAUAACAGAGAAUGAAGCUCUUUCAUGGUGGGAGAGAACAAGAUAUAACUAUUUUGGAACAGGAAUGUCAAAGAAUCCUUUGCUGAACCUAAUGAACUUCAUGAGGUCCCCUCACCAGCCUGACUACCACAGGUACCCAUACAUCCAAUUUCAUACAUUGACUUAUCUAUGGGGGAGCGACGAAGGUGAGGAUUAUCAAAAAGGAAACAUUGGAUACACUGAUGAGGUGUGGAAUGCCUUAUACCCAGACAAACAGUUUGCUGGUAAAACAGGAACAAGUACAAUAAUCACGCUCCUUCAUCCUGCUACUAAUGGAACAAUUCGUCUUCGCAGUGCCGAUCCAUUUGACCAUCCUUUGAUUGAUCCAAAGUACCUUGAAGACCCCAUAGAUGUUAAACAUCUUGUUGCUGGAAUAAAAGUGAUGACAGAAACACUGCCAAAAACCAAAGCAUUUCAAAAAGGAGGGUUUGAACUGAACAAGAACCACCAUCCACUAUGCAAGCAAUAUGCCUUUGGCACUGAUGACUACUGGGCCUGCUACACAAGGGCAAACCUUUGGACUCUUUAUCAUCCAACCUCAACCUGUAAAAUGGGACCUGCUUCUGAUAAAACUUCCGUGGUUGAUGAUCAACUUAGAGUGAAAGGGAUUCAGAAUCUGAGAGUUGCCGAUGCAUCCAUUAUGCCAUUUGUCAUGUCGGGCAACACCAAUGCGCCAUCUAUUAUGAUAGGAGAAAAGGCUGCAGAUUUAAUUAGAGGAAAAACAACAGUUUAAAAGAUGAAAUUUUACAGACUGAAAAUCACAUUUCUUUAAUGUUUUUGGAAACAAAUUAUUCUAAAACAAUUACACCAUAUUGCAUUGUUCUUGGGUGUUCUAGGACAUGUAUUUUUUAAUUUGAAGGUGUGAUUUGAUAUGCUUUUAUUUACCAUUGGUCAG